AAAUAUCAUCUUAGUCCCUCAUAAUUCUGUUUGGUUCAUAAUCACUCAUAAUCCUUGUGCACCUUCUUUUUCUUGUUACAUAAGAGCUUUAAAAAUCAUGACACAUCCUUUAUGUAUAAUAUAAGCGCUUGAACAAAGGAUCUGGAUUAAAAUGAAAAUAAUGUUUAGAUCACCAGCUCAGAGCUAAGCAUUAAACCUAAAAAUGGAGGUCUGAAAUAAAUGCACAAACUUUAUUAAAGACUCAUAACUUCAUUGGGUUCAGUUUGAAUACACAAGACGAUUAUUUUAAGUGGCUAUAUCCUGGGACACUGCAGAUACUAAGGAAAAGGCUUGCAGCUUAAAAGCAUACUUUUAAAUUUGUGUUUACCCUCUCUGCUUAUCUUCUCUCACAGUGCAUGAGGAGCAUUUCUCUGCUGCAGACCCACAUAGCCUGAAGCCUUCCUGCCAAAUCCGGGACCAUGUCUGGAGCUUACGACGAGUCGGCCAGCCAGGAGGAGACCACAGACAGCUUCUGGGAGGUUGGGAACUACAAACGUACAGUGAAGCGGAUCGAUGAUGGUCACCGGCUCUGCAAUGACCUGAUGAACUGCAUCCAGGAGCGUGCCAAAAUUGAGAAAUCCUACACACAGCAGCUGACUGACUGGUCCAAGAGAUGGAGGCAGAUGGUGGACAAAGGGCCUCAGUAUGGCACUGUGGAGCAAGCAUGGAUGGCAGUGAUGACAGAGGCGGAGAAGGUGAGCGAUCUUCACCAGGAAGUGAAAAACCACCUGAUCAACGAGGACUUUGAGAAGGUGAAGAACUGGCAGAAAGACUCAUACCACAAACAGAUGAUGGGAGGAUUUAAGGAAACCAAAGAGGCAGAGGAGGGAUUCAAGAAGGCUCAGAAACCCUGGGCCAAAAAACUAAAAGAGCUCGAAGCUGCAAAGAAGUCCUUCCACAUGGCCUGUAAAGAGGAGAGGCUGGCGUCCACUAGAGAGGCCAACAGUAAGGGAGAGGCGUCUGUGACGGCCGACCAGCAGAAGAAACUCCAUGACAAGGUGGAUAAGUGCAAACAGGACUCAGAGAAGGCGAAGGAGAAGUAUGAGAAGGCUCUGGAUGAGCUGAGUAAAUGCACGCCUCAGUACAUGGAAAACAUGGAGGUGGUGUUCGAUCAGUGCCAGCAGUUUGAGGAGAAGAGGCUGAACUUCCUGAGGGAGGUGCUGCUGGAUGUCAAACGCCACCUCAACCUCACAGAAGACCAAAGUUAUGCUACAGUGUACAGAGACCUUGAACGCACCAUCACAUCAGCCAGCGCACAGGAAGAUCUGAAGUGGUUCAGCAACACCUACGGACCUGGCAUGCAUAUGAACUGGCCACAGUUUGAGGAAUACAACCCAGACCUUACUCAUAAGAUCUCUAGCAAAGAAAAGUCAAAGAAAAGCAGUGAUGGGGUCAUGCUGACAAAUGUCACAUCAGCAGUAGAUCAUGCUCAAGCUGUAGAACGAGGAAGUGUGAGCAGCUAUGAUAAGAACCAGGCGUACACAGGCUCCUCAGAGUGGUCAGACGAGGACAAAACAGGCCCAAACUCAGCGGGAGACACUAAUGGAGGGGUGAAUCCUUUUGACGAAGAUGAGGUCAAAGGAGUGAGGGUGAGAGCGCUGUAUGACUACGAAGGCCAGGAGCAGGACGAGCUCACCUUCAGAGCAGGGGAUGAGCUGACAAAGCUGGCGGAUGAGGAUGAGCAGGGCUGGUGUCAAGGUCGCCUAGACAACGGCCAGCUGGGUCUUUACCCGGCCAAUUAUGUGGAGCCGAUUUAACUAGACCAGCUGAGGACGCUUUUUCUCUUCAGAGGGAAAACCAAGACUGAACCGUCCAGUCACAUUACUGCACAUUGCCAGAGACUUGAAAGCAAAGCUUCUUCUUCCUGUCGGGCACAGUGAGUGCUCUUCAUCUCAGCACUCAUCACAGAGACUCGAGACUUUACAAAACAAGAUCGAAUCAGCACCACAUCAUCCGCAAACACUGAAACUGAAGCAAAAUAUUUUAUUCUGUUUGUGUGUAGCUGUGUUUGAUUUUCAGAUGUGACGCUAACAUGCCAUUCAACAUGUUUUCUCAUCUUAAUAUUGGUACGGAAUUAUCAGUUGUGCCUGGAUAGCCUGACUGAGCUAUGCAUUGUGCAUUUCAUGUAUAUAUUUGAUCCUUUUUUACAGUCUGGAUGCUUGUACAGUUUUUUCCUCAUCAAGUACAGUGUUUUCUUUGUGAAAUAUUUACAUGUUUAGCUGAAAAGGAGUAGUUCAGUAUUCUCUGUAAUUGUGCUUGUUCGCUUUCAAAGAAUGAAGAGCAAGGAGUUUUAUUUAUAAGUUAAAUGCAAAAUCUCUCACAAGCUGUUUUAAGUACAACUGAUAUGAUACUUGGAUCAGGUUAUCCUGGGUUAACAGAAAAAAACUGUCAUAAAGGAGAAAGGCUGGCCUUAAAGACCAAAAACAAUCAAGAGAGAAGAAGUGAUGGACAUGUAAUAUGAUGAGGCAAGUCACUGUUAGAAAGUGAACAGAAGUUAGUAACUGUAUUAUUCUCCACUUAAGAUAUAUUCACAAGUUUUUUUUAAUCAAGUUAGGGUACUUUAAUUCAAAAAAAGUAACUUUUGAUAUAAAACAGAAUCACAGCCUGAACCUUAUGGAGCUUAUUUUGUCUUUAUUCUUCGCGAGUCAGUGAACAAGCACAUUUUCAGCUGAUGAAAUAUGUCUUCGCUGCAUUUUUCUUCUUUACUUCCCAGCAUGUCACACCACAACCUAGUUUCACAGCAGUUUAUAAGAAAGUCACAAAAUAUAUCAUCUGUAGAUUUGUUUACAUAGACAUUAAUUCACUGAAUUUAUGUCAGACAGCAAGGUCUUCAAAACGUCGUGAAGUUUAUUGUCUCCCUGCAACUAAACAGAUGGAGUUAAUAUUUAUUUUAACUUAAGUUCGGGAGCAAGGCCACACCAAAAUCACACCCUCAAUCACCUGACAAGCCUACUUAAACACACCAACCCACAUCACGCUGUCUGUCUGAGAGUCUACAACCCACCCUCCCCCCCUUCUCUAACUCAUUAAUCUCCUCCUUCAUCCAUUUGCUUUACCCAAGACUCAUCUAAUUCUAGUCACAGUCUGGGUUGAGUCCAGCUCGGGUAGAAUGAUGCCUGAGAUGGAACCCCCAUCCUGAGUCUCCUUCUGCCAAGCCUUCAUGCAUCUCACAGACUAGACUAAAACUACCUACCCAUAUCCCUCAUCUUCAUCAUGACAGACAACAGUCUCGCUGCACAUUCUUAUCAAUCUCGAUCAAACCUUUAAAUGCAUUCUGUUGUGGUGUGGUCCUUGCUAGUCAACUAGUAUUAAGUCUAAUUGUAAAAUGGGACGUGGUGUUUGAUUUGCAGUCAGGGACAAUGGAUUGAUCUAACAAACUUAAGAUUCUAAAUUGGUCUGCACUACCAAUGGAGACCAUCACCUUUAAUUGAUAUUAAUACUCUUAUUCUGGAAAUCAGUUCCAGAGGAUUGGGCCCCUGUGACCCUAAGCAGGGUAGGAAGCAAAAAUUAUGGAUAGUACCUUCAUUGAUAGGCCUGAACAAUCCAAGUCCUUAUUGUUACUUUUCUGUUAUUAUUUAAAAAGGUCUUUAAAAAUCUAACCACUGCUGCUUUGAGUAAAAGAGAAGGACUGACCAGCAGCAGUGUCCCUAAGGUGAUAACCUUCCAAAGCUGAUGGAUUGGCCAGAUUUCAUAUCUGUCAACAGGCAGAUCCAUCUUGCAAAGCUUCAAGCUGAAACUUUUGUGUCUGUUCUGAAAAAUGAACAGACCAAUCAGCCUCGUUUGAGAAGAGCCAACUACAGGUAGUAGCUAUGGGCGGGAUUUAGUUGUAUUGAAAGUCAGUAAACAAUGGCAGCCACCAGUGAACAGUUUGCUUGGAUGAACUACAGUGGCAGUUUUACAAGAACUGGACAACAUUUCUUUAUUAAAGAAGUGCAAAGAACUGCACUGAAAGCUUCGAUAGGGGGAAAAGAUGUUUUUUUCUUUUCUCCCAACUGGCUUUGGCAUGAGCUUGAUUCACCCAGUGGGUCCACCCUUAGUAAACAAUGACAACAGAGAAUCAUCAGUGAUUUGGUUUAAAUGACAUGACUUGACCAUUGAUGCAAGGCCACAUUUCAGGACUAACAAAACAUAGCAAUACUGACAAACUCAAUUGUUGGAUGGAUCUGAAAAUGCAAAACCAGGCUUUUGAGCAGCAUUUUAAUCCCCAUUCCUGGUCGGUACUGUAAGUAUAACUUGUCGCUGAAAAACCAGUAGACUGGUAUCUAAACAACAAAAGGACUGGAUAUUUUGAUAAGUUGGCAAUUAUGAUUCCAACACAACAUGCAGACAACAAGACACAAACCACUUUCAUGAUGCAGGAACAAUUGUAACUGCAUUAGAGUAUAUUGAAAUGUAUACUGUCUGGUGAUGAUGUGCACAAACAUAAGUCUGUGGGUUAUAUUUCUGUGACCGUUUUAUAAACUGCCACGACACUGGGAUGUACUGCAUUAGCAUUUGAAACACGAUCUCAGCUGAGCUUCUCUUUGAAAUGGAAAUUCGUACUCAACCAAAACAGUGUAAAGAUUGUUUACAUUACCUCCACUGUCCAACCUGCCUCUAACAAGGUGCCUGUUCAUCUAUAACCUUCUCCCUCUGUUUUAAUCUAUGUGUGCAGACUAUGUGUGCAGACACCAUGAACAAAACCUGCCUUUAUGUGGAGAUAAGCUUCAUUUCACAACCACUGUUUUAUUUAUUUAAAUUCUUAACGUUUCUGCUCUUAGUGAGACUUGUUUACUACAAGUGAAUGUCAGUGACUCGGCAUUAUCAGCUUCCAGCUCUUAUCUCUGUGAUUAUGUGCAUGCUGAUGCUCCCACACUGUUUACUGCUCUGAUCUGAACAGAUCCAGUGUAUGUCCUAAAUUUACCAAAUUACUGACAGUUUCUCUUUGAAAUUAAAAUAUUGUUGUAUUUAUUUGUAACCAAGACAUUCAUGAUUGGUCAGUUUUUAAAUAUGUUAAAUAUGUUUAUUUUAAUUAUUAAGAGAAAGCUUACAGGCGCAUGUAGCAGUGCAGUUUAUGUUAAAUGAGACUGGUUCGUUACCCCUGACAACCUCAGGUGUUGGUGAAAACCACACCGAUUGUUGAUGAAGAAGGCGGGUGUUCUCUUACUGACACAGACAGAGAAAGCUGCAACGAGCGCUGCACAAGAAAGCAGAAAGAGGAUCUGUCUCUGAAAUAUUAAUGAGAUUGUUGCCUUUUUUCUGCAGCAAGAACAAAAGCUCAUUUUUAAAUCCAGAAGGAAAAUGUCACUGUUUAUGCUUCUGUAUGCUUUUUAACUGUUGCUCCUUGUAAACACUGGAAUCAGAAGGGUUAAAUAAAUAUUGCCUUAUAAAAUCAAUCACCCUGAUGCUCCAAAGAGACUCAACGUUUAACUAAAGAGAGCCCGCUUCUGCAGAAUUUACCACCGGCUUAUCCAGCUCAGUUUACACUGACAUGACAUACUCCCUUUGUUUGACUGAAGGUGGUAUGGAUUUAAAGACUCAUAAUUUAAACUGUAUUCAAGGCAGAAAUGGGAUUGUUCAAAAGUGUAAUAUGCUAGAACCACUGUGAAAACUGCAGUCAAACACUGAAGGACUUUAAAUCAUAUUUAAAAAAGAAUUCACAUGCUUUUUUCCUUUUCUGUGUCUUGCUCAUGCUGCAAACUUUGAUCUACAAUGCUGAAGAAAACUUUGUAGAAGACUUGAGGGCUUUCUCUCUUUUCUUUUUAGCAUAGUGCUGUUCUUUCAAAACUGUAGUGCCUGUUCACCUGCAUAAGCAAAAAUAAAAG